AUGACAAGAGCUGCCAAUGGCCCUUCUCCAUUCUUCCAAUGUAGUCAAGUGGCUUCUCCUGACCAGCUCGCAAUCCUACACCUCAGUCGCGAUAACUUGAUCCCCCAGAUCCUCCGCGUGAACGACGACGAAAAUGAAGGCUACGACGAGGGCAAAGUCACCAACACCCGCUUCGGCUCCUUUCCUCACAGCACCUUGAUUGGCACGCCAUGGGGUACGCAAGUACGCGCGUCAGCAGUCGACACUGGCUCAAGAGGACGGAAAGCAGGAGGACGGGGCAAGAACAAGAAACGGAAGAGGGAUCAUAGCGAUACACAUGAGCAAGGCCAUAGCGAGAUCAAAGAGGAUGGCCAGAACGAUGUAGGAGACAGCAAAGAAUCUACAAUUGAAGCUAUUACCUCCAUACCAAAAGAGCAACAAGCCGCGACUGAAGCCCAGAGCGGUUUCGUCCACCUUCUGGCGCCCACGCCAGAGAAUUGGACUUCCUCUCUUCCCCACCGCACCCAAGUCGUCUACACCCCGGACUACAGCUACGUCCUGCACAGAGUCAAAGCACGCCCUGGCACACGAAUAAUCGAAGCCGGCGCCGGCAGCGGCUCCUUCACGCACGCUGCUGCUCGUGCAGUCUUCAGUAGCCAUCCUACUUCCGCCUCUUCCGACACAGAUGGCAAAGUGUUCAGCUACGAAUUCCACCAUCCGCGCUUCAUCGCGCUGCAAAACGAAGUUUCAUCCCAUGGUCUCACGGACACCGUCGAGCUCACCUCACGUGACGUCUGUGCCGACGGCUUCGUCCCCACCUCCACGCCCCCCUCCUCCCUCAAAGCCACCGCUAUCUUCCUCGACCUCCCUGCGCCGUGGCUGGCGCUCAAACACCUCACGCGGGACUCUCCCAGCAGUGUUCUCGACCCUGAGGCCGCCUGCCACAUCUGCACCUUCUCUCCCUGCAUAGAACAAGUCCAGCGCACGAUCAGCACCAUGCGCAGUCUGGGCUGGCUCGAUAUCGAAAUGAUCGAUCUCUCUUCACGCAAGAUCGAAGUUCGCAGGGAGAGGGUCGGGAUGCAAGAACUCGGCCUACGCAAAGGGCUCGCACAUCCGGCGUCUGUGGAAGAAUCUCUGAACGUGCUGCGAGAAGUCGAAACACAAACAAGGAAAUACCAUCUAGUGGCGAAAGCGGCGAUGGACGAGGGACAUCCUACCCCCGCGAAGGUGAGCUCGAAAGCAGCGAGGGUGGACCAGAAUCGAGAAGAUGUGGCAAAGAGGAAGCUGUGGGUGGAGGGAAGGGUGGUUACGAGAAGCGAGCCGGAGCUGAAAACGCACACGAGUUAUCUGGUUUUUGCAGUGCUGCCAAGGGGUUGGGGAGAGGAGGAUGAGAGGAGGGCGAGAGAGCAGUGGGCUACUGCUAGUGUGGAUGAGGGCGUGAAGGGGUGGAAGCCGGGGGUGAGUAAGAAGGCGAAGAAGAAGGCUGAGAAAGCUGCGAGAAGGGCGGAUGCUACUGCUGGUGGGCAGAGCAUCGAUGAUGGUGGUGGAUCUCUGGAGGCAGAUAUGGCGGCGGUGAAGGGCGAAGAGGAUGUUUAG